CGGCGCCCGCAGGUCCCGCGGCUAGCACCGAGCGGCGCACGCGCACUGCGGGACGCGCGUCCGGCUCUCCCCCAGCCUCUGUCCGGCCCAGUCUCUUGCCAGUCGGAGAGAGUGCAGGCCAACCUGGAGCCUGAGUUCGAAGCUAAUAGGGCGGCCAAGUCAGUGUCGCCCGCGGCGUUGAGAAGACGCUGUGGCCCAGGAGAGGGUGGAGACAACGACUGUGACGGGCUUCCCGGCUGCCCGGAGUGGGAGUGGUGUGGGGCUGCAGGAAGGAGAGAGGAAGAGCAGAAGGGGGCAGCAGCGGACGCCUCUAACGGCCUCCCUUGGUGCUGACAGGCUGGGCCGGCGCUCUGCUCGCUCGGGUGUUCGCGUCGCCACUUCGGCCUCUCGGCCGCUCGGGCCCGUCGGCCCGGGCUUGCGGCGCGCGUCUGGGCUGAGGGCUGCCGCAGCUCAGGGAGAGGCCUGGUCCUCGCCGCCGAGGGAUGUGAGUGGGAGCUGAGCCCACACUGGAGGGCCCCCGAGGGCCCAGCCUGGAGGUCGCUCAGAGCCGUGCCCGCCUCGGGGCUUCGCAAACCUUGGCCUGCCGGGUAGGAGCCGCCCCUGCGGGCUCAAGGGCGCACUCUGGUCGCCCCAUCUGUGUAACCGGUUUCAGAAGAAGGCAACAGGAACAAGAUGUGAACUGUUUCUCUUCUGCAGAAAAAGAGGCUCUUCCUCCUCCUCCCGCGACGGCAAAUAUUCUGAAAAAGACUGCGUGGGAAUGGCCUGCCUUACUAUGACAGAAAUGGAGGAAACAUCCACAUCUUCUAUAUAUCAGAAUGGUGAUAUUUCUGGAAAUGCCAAUUCUAUGAAGCAAAUAGAUCCAGUCCUUCAGGUGUAUCUUUACCAUUCCCUUGGGAAAUCUGAGGCAGAUUAUCUGACCUUUCCAUCUGGGGAGUAUGUUGCAGAAGAAAUCUGUAUUGCUGCUUCUAAAGCUUGUGGUAUCACACCUGUGUAUCAUAAUAUGUUUGCUUUAAUGAGUGAAACAGAAAGGAUCUGGUAUCCACCCAACCAUGUCUUCCAUAUAGAUGAGUCAACCAGGAAUAAUGUACUCUACAGAAUAAGAUUUUACUUUCCUCGUUGGUAUUGCAGCGGCAGCAACAGAGCCUAUCGGCAUGGAAUAUCUCGAGGUGCUGAAGCUCCUCUUCUCGAUGACUUUGUCAUGUCUUACCUCUUUGCUCAGUGGCGGCAUGAUUUUGUGCAUGGAUGGAUAAAAGUACCUGUGACUCAUGAAACACAGGAAGAAUGUCUUGGGAUGGCAGUGUUAGAUAUGAUGAGAAUAGCCAAAGAAAAUGAUCAAACCCCACUGGCCAUCUAUAACUCUAUCAGCUACAAGACAUUCUUACCAAAAUGUAUUCGAGCAAAGAUCCAAGACUAUCAUAUUUUGACAAGGAAGCGAAUAAGGUACAGAUUUCGCAGAUUUAUUCAGCAGUUCAGCCAAUGCAAAGCCACUGCCAGAAACUUGAAACUUAAGUAUCUUAUAAAUCUGGAAACCCUGCAGUCUGCCUUCUACACAGAGAAAUUUGAAGUAAAAGAACCUGGAAGUGGUCCUUCAGGUGAGGAGAUUUUUGCAACCAUUAUAAUAACUGGAAACGGUGGAAUUCAGUGGUCAAGAGGGAAACAUAAAGAAAGUGAGACACUGACAGAACAGGAUUUACAGUUAUAUUGCGAUUUUCCUAAUAUUAUUGAUGUCAGUAUUAAGCAAGCAAACCAAGAGGGUUCAGAUGAAAGCCGAGUUGUAACUAUCCAUAAGCAAGAUGGUAAAAAUCUGGAAAUUGAACUUAGCUCAUUAAGGGAAGCUUUGUCUUUUGUGUCAUUAAUUGAUGGGUAUUAUAGAUUAACUGCAGAUGCACAUCAUUACCUCUGUAAAGAAGUAGCACCUCCAACAGUGCUUGAAAAUAUACAAAGCAACUGUCAUGGCCCAAUUUCGAUGGAUUUUGCCAUUAGUAAACUGAAGAAAGCAGGUAAUCAGACUGGACUGUAUGUACUUCGAUGCAGUCCUAAGGACUUUAAUAAAUAUUUUCUGACUUUUGCUGUCGAGCGAGAAAAUGUCAUUGAAUAUAAACACUGUUUGAUUACAAAAAAUGAGAAUGAAGAGUACAACCUCAGUGGGACAAAGAAGAACUUCAGCAGUCUUAAAGAUCUUUUGAAUUGUUACCAGAUGGAAACUGUUCGCUCAGACAAUAUAAUUUUCCAGUUUACUAAGUGCUGUCCCCCAAAGCCAAAAGAUAAAUCAAACCUUCUAGUCUUCAGAACGAAUGGUGUUUCUGAUGUACCAACCUCACCAACAUUACAGAGGCCUACUCAUAUGAACCAAAUGGUGUUUCACAAAAUCAGAAAUGAAGAUUUGAUAUUUAAUGAAAGCCUUGGCCAAGGCACUUUUACAAAGAUUUUUAAAGGCAUACGAAGAGAAGUAGGAGACUAUGGUCAACUGCAUGAAACAGAAGUUCUUUUAAAAGUUCUGGAUAAAGCACAUAGAAACUAUUCAGAGUCUUUCUUUGAAGCAGCAAGCAUGAUGAGCAAGCUUUCUCACAAGCAUUUGGUUUUAAAUUAUGGAGUAUGUGUCUGUGGAGAGGAGAAUAUUCUGGUUCAGGAGUUUGUAAAAUUUGGAUCACUAGAUACAUACCUGAAAAAGAAUAAAAAUUGUAUAAAUAUAUUGUGGAAACUUGAAGUUGCAAAACAGUUGGCAUGGGCCAUGCAUUUUCUAGAAGAAAACACCCUUAUUCAUGGGAAUGUGUGCGCCAAAAAUAUUCUACUUAUCAGAGAAGAAGACAGGAAGACAGGAAAUCCUCCUUUCAUCAAACUUAGUGAUCCUGGCAUUAGUAUUACAGUUUUGCCAAAGGACAUUCUUCAGGAGAGAAUACCAUGGGUACCACCUGAAUGCAUUGAAAAUCCUAAAAAUUUAAAUUUGGCAACAGACAAAUGGAGUUUUGGUACCACUUUGUGGGAAAUCUGCAGUGGAGGAGAUAAACCUCUAAGUGCUCUGGAUUCUCAAAGAAAACUGCAAUUUUAUGAAGAUAGGCACCAGCUUCCUGCACCAAAGUGGGCAGAAUUAGCAAACCUUAUAAAUAAUUGUAUGGAUUACGAGCCAGAUUUCAGGCCUUCUUUCAGAGCCAUCAUACGAGAUCUUAACAGUUUGUUUACUCCAGAUUAUGAACUAUUAACAGAAAAUGACAUGUUACCAAAUAUGAGGAUAGGUGCCCUAGGGUUUUCUGGUGCCUUUGAAGACAGGGAUCCUACACAGUUUGAAGAGAGACAUUUGAAAUUUCUACAGCAACUCGGCAAGGGUAAUUUUGGGAGUGUGGAGAUGUGCCGGUAUGACCCUCUACAGGACAACACUGGGGAGGUGGUGGCUGUAAAAAAGCUUCAGCAUAGUACUGAAGAGCACCUGAGAGACUUUGAAAGGGAAAUUGAAAUCCUGAAAUCCCUACAGCAUGACAACAUUGUAAAGUACAAGGGAGUGUGCUACAGUGCUGGUCGGCGUAAUCUAAAAUUAAUUAUGGAAUAUUUACCAUAUGGAAGUUUACGAGACUAUCUUCAAAAACAUAAAGAACGGAUAGAUCACAAAAAACUUCUGCAGUACACAUCUCAGAUAUGCAAGGGUAUGGAGUAUCUUGGUACAAAAAGGUAUAUCCACAGGGAUCUGGCAACAAGAAAUAUAUUGGUGGAGAAUGAGAACAGAGUUAAAAUUGGAGAUUUUGGGUUAACCAAAGUCUUGCCACAAGACAAAGAAUACUAUAAAGUAAAAGAACCUGGUGAAAGUCCCAUAUUCUGGUAUGCUCCAGAAUCACUGACAGAGAGCAAGUUUUCUGUGGCCUCAGAUGUUUGGAGCUUUGGAGUGGUUCUGUAUGAACUUUUCACAUACAUUGAGAAGAGUAAAAGUCCACCAGCGGAAUUUAUGCGUAUGAUUGGCAAUGAUAAACAAGGACAGAUGAUCGUGUUCCAUUUGAUAGAACUUUUGAAGAAUAAUGGAAGAUUACCAAGACCAGAUGGAUGCCCAGAUGAGAUUUAUAUGAUCAUGACAGAAUGCUGGAACAAUAAUGUAAAUCUGCGCCCCUCCUUUAGAGAUUUAGCUCUUCGAGUGGAUCAAAUAAGGGAUAACAUGGCUGGAUGAGAGAGAUGAUCUUCAUUCUGAGAACAAAGUAUAUUUAUAGAACAAAGUUUUCUGUUUCACAUUGCUGUGGACUAUUAUUACAUAUAUCAUUAUAUAAAUCAUGAUGCUAGCCAGCAAAGAUGUGAAAAUAUCUGCUCAAAACUUUCAAAGUUUAGUAAGUUUUUCUUCAUGAGGUCACCAGUAAAAGACAUUAAUGAGAAUUCCUUAGCAAGGAGUUUUGUAAGAUUGUCAGUUAACAUCACUCAUGUCUGGCAAAAGAAAAAAAAAAGACUUUCAACUCAGCUUGAGACGUGAAAAAAUUAUUAUGUAAAUUUUGCAAUGUUAAAGAUGCAUGGAAUAUGUAUGUAUAGUUUUUACCACAGUGGAUGUAUAAUACCUUGGCAUCUUGUGUGAUGUUUUACACACAUGAGGGCUGUUGUUCAUUAAUACUGUUUUCUAAUUUUUCCAUAGUUUAUCUAUAAUUACUUCACUAUACAAACAAAUUAGAUGUUCAGAUAAGUGAAUAAGUAUCUUUGUGUCCUUGUUCAUUUAUAUCACUGGCCAGCAUUGUAAGCAGGUGUAUACUUUUAGCUUGUGUACUGUAAAUAUUUUUCAAGUAAAGGGAACAAAUGUCUAGUUUUAUUUGUAUAGGAAAUUUCCCUGACCCUAAAGAAUACAUUUUGAAAUAAUCUAUUUUCUUAUGGUUUCCCUUGUAUCUAUUUGUGGUGAAUGUGUUUUUUAAAUGGAACUAUCUCCAAAUUUUUCUAAGACUACUGUGAACAAUUUUCUUUUAAAAUGUUGAGAUUAAGAAUGCGAGGAACAUUGUCAUCCUUUGAGCUGCUGACUGCCAAUAAGAUUCUUCUAUCUCUGGGAUCUAUGCUCAUGAAUUAAAUUUAAACAUAAGCCAUAAAAUAGUUUGUAAAAUGGAUAGCUCAUUAAGAAGUGUAACAGAUUAAGAAUUUUUUUCCUAAAGAUUGUAUAUUUAAGGGGUUUCAGAACUUUGCGUUGCAGUCAUAGAAGAAAUUUAUUUCCUUUUUAGAGGGAAAAUGAGGUAAGUGAAAAAGUAUGCUUGUUAAUUUUAUUCAAGAAUGCCAGUAGAAAAUUCAUAAUGUAUAUCUUUAAGAAAAAUGAGAGCAUACAUCUUUCCAAUUAAGUAUACGGGGUUGUUCGUUGUUGUCAUUUGUUAUAUUGCUACUCUACUUUAGACACCAUACCUAAAAUAAAAUAUGGUGGGUUUUUCG